GUGUUAUUUUUCGGAAGUGCAAAACACGAAAUAGCGGAAGUGUUGUUAGGUCACUGUGUUUUGGAAAUGAUAAUGUGAUGACAAAGAGAGAGAAUAUUGAUUGUUAGAAGCAGCAUAAGAGCUUAUGACAAUUCCUGAGAAUUGAAUUUCUGGUAGCUUUUCCUAAUGGCCUUGAGUAAUUCCGUGUUACCACGGGGACCUAACAUAAUGGCAGAUAUGAACCAUUCAUGAAGAUGUGGAUACCUGCAGACUACAGACUGUGUGGAAUUAUAACUAUUGUCAGAAAAGUGUCUAAAUGGUCAGUGAAGCAGAGAGCACCACCCCUGUGAUGUCAUCGGCGUGCGUUGAUUUCUCCCAGCAUGCCUGGAAGAAAGACCUAUGCGUCAACUGUCAGCAACCGCGUAACAAGCACCCGGUUGAUUCAAAUGCGGCUGAAACAAACGACACAGGUCAGAAGACUGGACUUUCAGCAGACAUCGGCUCAGAUUCGCCUAAACCUGCAAAGAGGAAUUCAAUUAUGGCAAAGUCAUGGACUGGGAAUCUGGAAGGUGAAAAUGAGGAUGACAAGUGGAAUUCCAUGUGUUUGCCAGACCCCUCUCAGCCUAAUAAGCGUUUUAGUGAUGUUGAUCAGAGAUUAGUCAAGCCUUUCCGAGAUAUGGAUGGAAAAGUUCAAAUUUCAGAACAUAGUUACGAGGAAAUUCACGAUAAAAAAUCAGAUGAAAAAACAAAUUCAACUGCUAGUGCGAAUGUGAGUUCCAGAAAGAAUGAUACUAUUACUGUUGAUGCUCAGAAAACAAAUAUUUCUAUUAACGCCGAAGACAGAUUGUCGGCACUGGUUAAAGAUAAUGUCAAGAUGCAGAGCAACAAAAAUUUGCCUUCUAGGUCAAGGUCAUCAUCGAGGGAAAAUUCACCAGUUCCAGGUAUAAAACCAAAAAUCUCUGACAAACCUUUUGUUGGUGAGAAAAAGACCAAAGGAGAUAGUUCAAAUUCUGAAAGUUCUAUGCAAAAUGAUGAUAAUGAGAGGAAGAAAAAGUUAAACAAAAGUAGAAAAUCAAUCAGUUUUGUUACUGAUGACCCGGCUGUAAUAGGUGAAGACGGUGGCUUGGAUAAUUUGUAUUCUGAUCAUGAGGAUGAUGCACCUGAAAGUGGAACUAAUAUUAAAGAAAAGAUAGAAUUUUCAGAGACAGAAAAAGAAUGGGCUUUACAGUCACUGAAAAACACACUUUGGAACAGUGAACAUAUAAAUGAUGAAAGCAAGAAGAAAAAACAUACACAGGAAUUCGAAGACCUUAAAGUCGAGAGUCCCAAAAAGCCAGAAAGGAGUGCAAAGGAAGGUGUUGUUGAUUCUCAUCAUGAGGGACAUAAUUUUGGGACUUUCCCGCUCAGAACAAAAUCAGAAAAGACCGUCAUGGAUAACAUGUUUUCAAGCAACAGGUUAUCAACUCUAAGCGAGUCUUCUGAAAGUGUUCUUACGGAAGAAGACAAAUAUGAAAGUGUUUUGAGGUUUCUAGGUGCAGAUAAACUAGAGAAGCUUGAUUUUAAUUAUAGUCCAAGGCAUAAAAGUGCGACAGGUGGUACAGAAGGUGCUGAUUAUACUGAAGCCAGUUACGAUGAUCCUUGGUGUGACAAGUUUGGUUUUGGAAUGGAUUCCGAAAUGAACUUAUUGGACGAAAUCAAAGGGGAGAUAGAUCUAGACGCAAGUGGGGCUGGCUUUGCCUUGGUAGAGAUGUUAAAUGAUGUGCUAGCAAAGUACGGAACUGGUCCAGGGAGUGAAACAGACUCUGUCAAGAACUUUGAAGGAUUGGAUGCAGAAAAGCCAGGACAAAGCGCAGAUAAAGCAGCAAAACGAGAUGGAAGAGAGAUGUCUGCGGAUUUCGAAGCAAAAAUGGUUCAUCUUGCAGAAAAUAUACGAAAACAUAGGGCAAAAGGCAGAGCACCUAGACCUCCAAGUCAACCACCAGAACCCCCUUCAGAUGCAGCCACAAAGUCCCCAGCAAAACAGGCUGAGCUGAGGGCUGCUCAGAGCAAGGAACCGACAUUCAAGAUGGUUCCUUUGGGAAAAGUAAUAGGGACCACGCCACUUGAGGCACAGGCUAAAGCCGACCUUAAGGCAGCCCAUGGGGGUCUUAGGUCAGAAUUGUCUAGCACUAGCUCAAGUAAUAGUUCGGAUAUUGUUGAUGUGUCAAAGGGGAAGGCCGAUAAACAGGCGAAAAAGUCUGGCGGGAUCGGUGGCUUCUUUAGCAGGAUUUUUGGAAAGGGGAAGGACCCUGAUUCUGAUGUGUCAGGAAGUAGUGAGGGUCUAGCCUCAAAUCCUUGGACCAUGUCAGAUCCGUACAUUGAAAAUGAUGGUGCUUCUAACCAUAGUGAUACUCCAGAAAGUGAAGUGGUACCUAUAAAGGGAGGAAAUCAAAAGGAAAGAAAAAUGUCAAAUUCUUCCCCACAGAUGAAGGCAAAAAUAGCACCAAAUAGGCCAAUUAGCCCAAAACCAAAAGAAAUGACAUCUGAGAAUAUUCAAAAGGAUGACAUAUCCAAUCACAGUCAAUCACAAAAAGUUAGUGACCAGUCUGAAUCUUACAGUGACCAUAACAAUACAAAGGAACAAACAUUUCCAAUAAAAAAUGAAUCCAAAUUGAAGCUUGAACCUGUGAAACAGCUCUCACCCACAAAAGACAAGGAACCUGCCAAAGCCACCAGUCCAAAGGCAAAAGAAGCUCCCCCAUUGCCAACCAACCCUCCUAGGGACUUGUCGGACCAUGGGAUGGUCCCUAAACCCAGAACCCGGCCACCCCCAGAAUCUGUUGCCCCAAGGUCACGACCCCGCACCAGGGAGCUGCCAGACGGUCGCCCAAGGGACACGCCUAAUGUCCCUCCCCCUAAACCUCCUGUGGCUGUUAAACCACGGCCUGUUUCUACAACUAUCAAACCGCCUGAAAAGCCUGAAAGAAGUCAUACUAGUGCCACUGGUGACUCGAACGUCCAGGCAAACAGUAUGAUGCAGUCUCAAUCUGAUGCCCAUUCGUCAGAGAAUUUGCUAAACACUGAAGAUUCUCAGAAGAAGGCGGAUACAAAUGUAGAUCCAAAGGUUCUUAGAAAACGGGCCAAGUCCCCUAAAAGGAUUGUUGCCCCUAUAGCACCAGGUAGAGCUUCAAUGCCCAAUAUUCUUACUCACUCGAACACUUCAUUGGCUUCCACCACAUCUGAGGUCAGCAUUCAAAGUCUGCCAGCUGGGCAUGGGGAUAAUAAAUCUGAGGGAGUAAAGAGUCUUCCCUUUGCAAGGGAGCUUGAGCAGAAAUUACAAAAGGAAAUUGUUGCGACUGAAACCAGAAAGAUGAGUGUACCGCCUCCUCCACCCACUGGUGUUAAGCAUCCUUCGUUGGAGAAAUCGAAAUCUUUGCCAGUGGAUAAACAAAAAGCAGGAUUGCCUGACAAAUCAAAAUCUUUACCCGCUGAUCGCAAACAAUCUGUGAAUGAAAAUUCAGUUUCUUCUGGAGUGGCAGCUAAAGACAUUGAGCAAAGUAGAAGAAGCUCAAAAGACGACCCUAAAACCAGUCCACCAAAUACUGAGGACAAGUCUAAAAUACUGACUAAUCAAGUGUCUGCUUCAUCAUCAUCGUCAUCAUCAUCCACUAUUUCACCAUCAUCAUCAUCUACUUCUACUGCUGUAUCAAACACAUCAGCUGCCAACACAACUAAGAGUGCCAUAGCAGAUGCAGACCAAAUGAUGUCUGCAAACAAUGUCCCACCCUCAACACAACAGGGGGAGAUAAUUUUAUUACCAGAAAAGAUUGAGCUUCCCAGACCAGUCAGCAACAGCCGGAAAAGCUUUCUGGGAAAACUUAACCGUAAUAAAAACAAGCCACCUGCCCCACCAUCGGUAAAGAGGACGAAAUCGAUCACCGAGACGUCGUUGUUAGGGGACCACCACUUGAAAAAGAUUGACCUGAAGGACAUCUCUGCCCCAGUGCUGAUCACAGAUAUGACAUCAAACAAGGUGGUCCACCGACGCAACACUAUAUCAGUGGGACCAGACGACAAUUCAUUUUUAUCAGGUGGCUCCACCUCCUCCGGUUCGACCUCUGCGGGAGACAAUCGCGACCUUUCACCCCAUGGUUCCCUUGAGAACAUGUACGAGUUCAUCAAGACAGAGGCCCCGUCCCCACCGGUGGGUGAUGUCAAGCGAAAUUUCUACGAUCCAGUCAUUGAGGGCAAUCUAGUUUUGGGUCUGCGGCCACCUUCUAUGACGGGAAGUGAGGGUUAUCUAGAACCAGUCCGUUCACACCAGCUUCAUCAGAACUCAAACAACGAAACAGUCAACAAAAUGGCAGAAUCUACUAUCAGUCUGGGCUCCAUGACAACCAGUUUCAUCACCACUGUAACCAAUAUGGCCAACGCAAAUCGCAUGACCAAAUCUACCAAUGAUGUAACAGAAGAUGGGUACAGUGGAAAUCACGGUACUGAUGAUAAUUUAAGUCCAGAAAGAAGGGCUCUGCUAGCCAGUCAACCCAUUUACGAAGAAAUUACAAACGGUUAUGGUAAACUGGGGUCUAACAAUAACGAUGAAAGAGAUAGCAAAAGUGAAGACCAUCAUUCAGAGUUUUAUGGCAUCAGUGAUGUGAAUCAGGCCUCUUCUCUGAAACAAAAAGACUCUUUUUCUUCUGAUUCGGAACAGUCGUCUGCUAAUGGCAGUUUAUCUAGACCUCGACCGAUUCCGAGGCGUCGUCCGCGGCAAAUCGGUUCUGGAUUUGAGCAGUACGUGGCCAUGAAUCGCCCAGGCGCGGCGGUCAUUUUAAACGAGGAACAACUGCGGGAAAUGAUGAGCAAGCUGACGUCAAUGAACCUUACCACAAUAAAGGAGAUCUACACACAGCAUGAGAAGUGUUUCACGAAGGAGAAUCUUAAUCUGGGAUCAGUCGGUACCUUAAAGUGGCAUGAUUUUGACAUCUAUGGGAAACCAGUGCAUACAUCAGAAAAGUGUGUUAUCUACAAUGCCAAGCUGAGAAAUACGUUGUCACCAUGCCAAGUUAUGCUGCUGCAUUCAAGACCUGAGAUCACCUCAGCCAAUCAUCCGAGUCUUCUGAAACCAACAAGCAUCUUCACAGACUCUGUCCCAUUUUCCUACCUAACAGAUGAAUUCAUAAAAACCAGUCAGAUACUGGAAACCUGCCUAAACCAGACCAACGCUAACUCAUCGCAAUGCUACAUUGUUGUAGGACUAUUUGACAUCACUGAAAGUUUGGCACAUCAUAUGAAUGCUCUAGAAACCGUUUGUGACAAUCAGAAAGGAUUCUUAGCAAAGGUCCUGUUCUUUGUGCUUCAGUUACUUAGUGCAAUAUCACACUGUCUCGAACAGGGUCAUUCGCUCUCCGAAGCCGAUUUUCAUGAUUUGUAUUUAAUCUCAAAUCCAUACUGCCUUGGUGAAACAGUUUCUUUCCUGCCACAAGUGCGUGCAUCUGAAGAUCAGCAGAUCGACAGGGUGUGUCUAUUUUUAGAACAGUUCCUCCACGACAUGUGCACAAAGUGUGACGCAGCAGCAGUGUUAGAUGAUUCUGCGAUUUUCAUCUACACAGGAAUUCAGAAAAUCAUGGAAAUGCUUGAAUCCGGUGUCAUCGAAUGCUUGCCAAUCGUUCGGAGUUAUACAGAAUACCUUCUGUGGGGUCCAGGUGAAAACGAUACAGAAUUUCAGGACGAGCGCCAUAGUAACUUGGAACCGAAACUCGCAAUGUGGUUGGAAAAGGAGCGUGCAGAAUUGAUUCACGAUUUUGCGAGAAGGAUUCAGCAUGGGGCAAGGUGUAAUAUUCGCGAUUUCUACAAGAUGAAGUUUCUGUGUAAGGCAAGCUCAAGCAGUCUGGCAGAGUGCAUUCGAUGCCAUGCCGCUGCAAUGGAGACCUCCACUUGAUGGCAUUUGAUUUCCAGUCAUUUCACCUUAUUAUAAUAUUACUUACAUCAAAUUGGUCAAUUGCAUAUAUUGUAACCACUAUGUAAAUACAUAGUUAUACAAAUGUUUUACAUAAAAACCAAGUUAAUGGCAUUAUUUCAAGUGCAGUUGAAGUACCUUAUGACAACUUACAUCCAAUGCAAAUGUCCAUUUAAUGUUAAUUAUUACUAUGUUGAUACCGAAACAGAGUAUGCAUAUUUAGGUUUCAAUGUAAAAAUGUGUUCUAAAUAAUGAUUUUGCAAUUUUGUUCGUUUUUGCAAUAUGCAUUAAAAACUUAAACAUUAUUAAAUAAACAUUUCCUGGUAUGAUUAAUAAAGCUAUUUACUGACAAGAAAUACAGGAAAAAUCAUUAAGAUCUUUUCUAAAAUUGUAAAACUAAGUAGGUUCAUGGUAAACAUAAUAAUUGUUUAAAAUUUAAUUCACGGAUUUACUCAAUUUUGGGUUGCAAAUGCUAGAACUCAUGCAAGUAAUGAAAAUUCAGUUUUUAUGCCCCCAGAUCGAAUGAUCAGGGUAUAUUGAUUUUGGCCUGUCUGUCUGUCAUUGUAUGUGUGUGUCUGUCUGUCCCAAAACUUUAACCUUGCUCAUAAAAUGAAAACUCUUGGGUCUAUUUACUUUAAACUGUACAUGUGCAUGCAGCUCAUUGAGAUCUACAAUCAAACAUGGUUUGAGGUCACUAGGUCAAAGGUCACUAUGACCUUUACAUUAAAAAUAUAACCUUGUUUCUAAAAUAGCUGCAGUGCAGCUUCAAAGCGCAGUAGGGGGCAUUGUGUUUCACAAACACAGCUCCUGUUUUACAUGGUUUAUAUCUAUAUUGAAUAACACUCAAGUGAUCAACAAUGGGAAGCAUAUUUGAAAAUUAUGAAGUAUGUACCAAUAUUAUGAGAACCAGUACAUAUGUUUGGUGUACUCAAUGGUAGAUUUCAAAUGAUUUCUAUCUGUUUAAUUUAUUAUAAAUUAAAAGAUAUGUGUCAGAUCUUAUGGUAGUAUUUACUGCAGAAACCAUUAUUUAUUAUCACACACUAGUCUCCAUUUACGAUUGUCACACAUGAUUUAAAAUCAGUGUUAGCACUAGUAUACGACGGUAUUUGUUAUUAUGCUUAGGAGUAUUUGUAUAUUUUUGGAGACAUUAUUUUACUGACAGCUAGUAUUUUGCAUUUUAUACAUUUGUACACAAAUGAUAUGUAUUGCAUUAUAUAGAUGUACAUAGUCUCUUGAUGUAUUCUCAUUUUGUAAUUUAAAACAUCUUGCAUUAUGAUCAGACUCAAGGUAUGAAUUGAUUGUCAUUUUUAUCUUAAUGUAUUGUUGUAAACAAUUUGAACCCCAGUUCUAAUUAAGGGAUAUAAUUGUAUGUGAUAAAUAAUAAUUAUAUAUAUAUGACAGACACAUAGGAACAUGUUCAUACAAGUUAAUUCCAUGUAUAAGUAAGUAAACGGACAUACACAUUCUCCCAUUUUGUGAUAGGUAGUAUUGCUAUGUGAUAUUUAUUUAAUUGUUGAAUUAAACAUCAAAAACGUAUGAACACAUCUUAACAGUCAUGUUAAUUUAAUGUAAAUGGUUGUAUAUUUUCUUAAUUAGUGAUUAUAAUAAUGUUUUUAUGUGGCAUGGCUUACAUAUAAAAUGGGACAGACAGAGGUUCUUAUUUAAUUGAAUAGGACCUUACACUAGAUUUCAAUUAAAUUGUACAUUGAACAUUUCUCAGAAACUGCAAAACCUUUUAGGCAGAAAGAUUAGAGAAGUUGAAGUUCACUGUAACAGUCUUGUGUCUGACAGAUAUACCAAAUGUCUGAUAAGAUUCCAUUUGUUUGAGACCAUGUAUCUGACAAUUUACCUUCCUUCUGACUACUUUUACUUCUACAUCUAAUUGCAUAAAUGUUGUAUGUAUAAACCAGUACAGAUAUAUUGGUUUAAAUGUUGGUUUUGGAAGGUAUGAUCUGAUUUGGUGUUUUAUUUAUUUAUUUUUUUUAGGAUCGACAAAUACAUGUAGAUCUUUUCUGAUUUUGUUGUCCUGAAAUGAAAAGUGAAUCAAUCUCUCUUCUUGUAAAUAUUUAGUAAAAGCAUUUAUGUAAGUGAAGACAAAUUGCCAAUUGGUUUCUGUAAUUAGCAGCAGGAGAUUGUGUCGAUUGAUUUGUUUAAUGUUUUGAGAAUUUAUAAAGGCUUACAUAUCUUAAGAAAUCACAAAAGCAACAAAAAAAUACAUCAACAUUAGCAAUUUUUAAGACAACUUUUGUUAACUGUGUUACUUGUUCAAGAAUAUUUUAAUACCUGAACCACUUUUGAUUGGAGGAUAACAUAACGCAAACUAUAAUUGUGAGAAAUAUACAAUAUACUUUAUUAUGCCCCCCUUCGAAGAAGAGGGGGUAUGUUGCUUUGCACAUGUUGGUCGGUCUGUCGGUCGGUCCACCAGGUGGUUUCCGGAUGAUAACUCAAGAACGCUUAGGCCUAGGAUCAUGAAACUUCAUAGGUACAUUGAUCAUGACUCGCAGAUGACCCCUUUUGAUUUUGAGGUCACUAGGUCAAAGGUCAAGGUCACUGUGACCCGAAAUAGUAAAAUGGUUUCCGGAUGAUAAUUCAAGAACGCUUAUGCCUAGGAUCAUGAAACUUUAUAGGUAGAUUGAUCAUGACUAGCAGAUGACCCCUAUUGAUUUUCAGGUCACUAGGUCAAAGGUCAAGGUCACGGUGACCCGAAAUAGUAAAAUGGUUUCCGGGUGAUAACUCAAGAACGCUUAAGCCUAGGAUCAUGAAACUUGAUAGGUAGAUUGUUCAUGACUAGCAGAUGACCCCUAUUGAUUUUCAGGUCACGAGGUCAAAGUUCAAGGUCACGGUGACCCGAAAUAGUAAAAUGGUUUCCGGAUGAUAACUAUAGAACGCUUAUGCCUAGGAUCAUGAAACUUGAUAGGUACAUUGAUCAUGACUGGCAGAUGACCCCUAUUGAUUUUCAGGUCACUAGGUCAAAGGUCAAGGUCAAAGUGACCCGAAAUAGUAAAAUGGUUUCCCGAUGAUAACUCAAGAAAGCUUAUGGCUAGGAUCAUGAAACUUCAUAGGUACAUUGAUCAUGACUCGCAGAUGACCCCUAUUGAUUUUCAGGUCACUAGGUCAAAGGUCAAUGUCACUGUGACAAAAAACAUAUUUACAAAAUGGCUGUCACUACAUCUGAGAGCCCAUAUGGGGGGCAUGCAUGUUUUACAAACAGCCCUUGUUGCAUUCAAAAUUGUAGUACUGUUUUAUAAAUAAGUUAUUUAGCAAUUAAAUUACACAAGUGAACAGUGAAAAGGGCCAUAGCUAUAGUUUGUAUACUUUUAUGUAAUGAAAACUUGUUAUAUACUGUAAGACCUUUGUGAGGCUCCUAGCUGUUUGUAUAUUGUAAAAUACUUCGCCGUUUGCACCUUAAUCAGUAAAGCUUGUAUUAGUGAUGUUAUCCACAAAAUACCGGUACUUCAAAUGUCUCCAUUGUGAGAAAAUAUGAAAACUUGCUCUGUUUUUAAAUCUUAUUUUGUAUAUUUGUUGUUUUUGAUCUGCAUAAGGGUCAAUGUGCAAUAUUUUUGUCUGUUUAAGAACUGUUUUGUGAUGAAACAUUGUUUUAUUCAUUAAAAUCAUUUUUGUUUUGUGUCCUUUCCAUGUUUACUGGUAGUGUGCUACAAAAGAAUUCUCAUUUUUUUUUAUGAACAUGUUAUUGAAUGACAUUAAGGUGUUUUUGUAACUCUUUAAAGGCAAAAUUGAUGUUCGAUACAGGAUUUGCAGAUAGUUAGUUUCUUUUUUUAAGUUCAUUUUAUGAUGAAAUGUUUAAGAUUGCAUAUGUUAAGGUAACUCUUUGUACCGUGAAUUAGUAUGAAUUUGUUUCAUUUAUUUCUUAACAAAAUGUUUACAAUAUGAAAAUUAAAUUUCUGGUACUCAAAAUAGGAUAUUUUAUUACCGCUGUUUCAUAUGAAUAAUAUUUCUAGUAAUUGUUGAGGCACAUAAUUCAUUUUGCUUGAUGACUUAUGGGUAAAUAGAAUCUUAUAUUCAAUUGUUUAUGUCCCUGCAUACAUGUAGAUAGCGUUUAUUUUAAAAGCAUUCCAUUGUAUAUUUUGAAAACUGAAUACACCAUGUUUGCUAUUUAUCUUUUAUUUUUUAACCCUUUUGUUUCCUUUUAAGAGAAAAUACUGUGGUCGGAUAUCGAGAUUUGUAUAAAAAUGUUUAGUUGUUAUUCUAGCAAACAUGUACAUGUGCUGUGCAAGGGUGUGUUAAAGACUGUAAAAAAAUACAAAUAAGAAAAAAUGAAGCAUAAAACAGUUAAUAAGCUAAGAAAGAUCAACAAUGCAAAUGUGUUAUUUUCUCCUGUCUCUCUCCACGUGUGUGAAAAGGCAGCAUCUGUGUCCGUGACUCGUCACGUAAUAUAAUUUUCAAAUGCCUUUUCUAAACAGUUUCUACAGAUAUUUACUCACCAAAUUGCUACAAUACUGCAUAAUUAUCAUAUUCUCUUCUCACUACUGUUGGCUUACUGUAAUCAACUGUAUGUGCUGUUUGCCAAAAACAUGUUUUUCAUUUUAUUUAUACAAUGCAAAAGGCUUAAUUUUCUUUAUGUUUUAUUAUCAUGGACGUUUCUGUUUAAAAUAUAUUUUUAUGCUCAGGUAUAUUUUAGUUCUUUCAUUUAUUUGUUUUAUUGUGAGUGACAAUUUAAAUUUUGCGAUUGCUUUUGAUAUUGUGUUUAGUAACAAUCAUUUGCCUUGCAACAGACUUUUAUUCUUUCGUUCCUUUGCUAUAUUUGUAUUCUGCAAGCUGAGCUGAGAACUAUUUUAUCUGCUUUAUAUGUCUUUAUUGAAUUCCAUAACUUAACACACACAGGUAAUUUUUCACUAAGGCCUUUGAUUUGUAAAAACUGCAAAAAAUUGCUGCUUAUUAGACGUCAUGAGGUCAGCUUAAAUAUUGUAAAUGAAACCUGAAAAAAUUUAAGAAUUGUUGUAUUAUUAUAACUUUUUUUGGAGAAAAGAAUCAAUCAAAGACAUUAAUGUGAUGAUUUAGCACCAACUAUUUUCAUUGUUAAUUCAACCAGACAACUUUUUUAUUAUUGAUUUAUAGAUGUUAUUUAUUUUUCAUAAAACAAUAUUGUUAUAAGCAGUUUUUCUUAACUAAAUGAUGACAUUUUGUUUUCUACUUGUUCUUACAUUUAAAGCACAUAAUGAUGGUAAUGAUGGUACAUGCAAUUGCAUUACUUCCAUUGGAUAAUUAAUUAUGUUACAGGAUCAGACCAUUAAUUAAUUCCCUUAGCUGAACAAAUAUUCAAAUGAUCAUGGUGCUUUCAAUUCACACUAAACUGUUCCUUCUUGUUAUGUAUUUAAUUGAUAAAGAUGUUGUGGUUGUUAUAGGUGUAUUUUAUAAUCAGCAAUCAGUCUGUCAAUGGAAAUUAAAACCUUGAAAUCAG